AUGUUUCAAGCGAGGAUUGCCCAGCUCGGAGACUUCCGAAAACUGAUCGAUAUCGUGAAAGAUAUGAUUCCUGAUGCUAAUCUUGAAGUAAGUGAGGCUGGAAUUUGUCUGAUGUCGACUGACCCUUUAAAUAUUUUGCAAGUUACAAUAAAUUUGCCAGCGAUUUUUUUUGAAGAUUAUGAGUGCCAUGAAGCUUUUAAGAUGAACUUAUCACUCCCAGGACUUAGCCAAUUGCUCAAGCUUGCUGAAUCAGAAGAUUCUCUUAUUUUCUCAUCAGCUCCAGAUCUUACUGUCCUUAACCUGUGUUUUCAAGCACAUAGCCGUCCAAAGGUAUGUGAGUUUACACUCAAUUUGAACGCAAAUAUCAUGGAAGAUGUAGAUCCGCCUGAGCUGCCUUAUCAAACGACGUUUUAUAUAAAUGCAAGAGAAUUUCAUGGUAUUUGUGGAGACUUGAUUCAUUUAAGCGAGUUUCUUAUUAUUGAUGUUAACAAAGCUAGAGUAAAAUUCAGCAUUAAGUGUUCUGCUGCUGGUGGGAGUAUUAGCUAUAAGCAGAGGAUAGGGCAAAAUGGGACUUUGAUAAGGACUUUUAGAAGCUGUAGGACAGAGCUGAAUUUGGCUUAUUUAAAAAAAAUCACAAAAGCGCAUGUUUUAUCAAAAAAUACUGAAAUUGUAAUUCAUCCUGAUGAGCCGGUACUGCUGAAGUAUGCUUUUGGAGAUGCAGAAAUAAAAUUUUAUUUACUGCACCACUUUAGAUUGGAACAAAAAAUUGUGCUUUGACACAUACAUAAAAUGGGGUGGCGAACCAACCCAAAAUUUUAGUUGGGAGAAUCAGGGAGCUUAUGGAAGAGAGUUUUGGCGCUAGGCAAGUGUAUCCGGCCAGGUUUUGCUUGGCUUGGUGGACCACAAAACAAGAGUAAGUGGGCCGCGAGGUCAAGAUUUUACCUCUGAGGAAGAUAGAGUUCAGAAUUGGAUAUGGGCGUCCCAGAAACACCAUUGAGGUUCUUCCUGGCCAAUAGAGAACUUUCCCCUGCGUGAUACCAGGCGUUGCAUCCCGGACUACGAAUUUCAUCUUGGUCGACAGGUGACCAGAAAAUUCGUUUUUCUAAUUUUCUAGAAGCCAAACCCUUUGGCGUACGGCACGGUGACCCAAAUUCCCGACUAUCAGGGAGAAUCUGCGGAUACCGACAGGGAGCUUUUUAAGUGUAAGUGUAAGCCCCCUUUAAAUUGAAACAAAUAGGUUUUUCAAUAGGAAAAUUUUUACAAUGAAAUACUAAUUUCUAUAAAAUUAGUUUAGACCUAAUUUAAUAGAAAAAAAUACCAGUGCUCAAUUUAUAAUUUUCAAAAAAAUUAAUAAUGAAAAUUUUAUUUUUAUAAAUUAGCUUUAACUCAAUUUAACAGUUAAAACAAAAUGCUAUUUAAACAGCUUUCACACUGAGCCGAUUCAUGCUUUUAUUUAAUUUUUCAUAAAAUAAAAUUCAAAGUAUUAUCUCUGUAAGAAAAAAGUGCAAGUAGAAUUUAUUUCAAUAUUUUUACAUUGAGUCGAUUAAUCUUUUAAUUUUUCUUCUUAAAAAUAAUUAAAAUUCAAAGUAUUGUGCUUAAUUUAUAUUUUUUAAUAUUUUACAAUUUUUUUAUAAGAAAAAUUUUAAUAUAAAAUUUUAAAAAUAAUAAUAAUUAACCCCCCUUUAGAUUGUAACAGGAUUUUUUGUUCCAAUUUAAAGGGAGAGAGUUAGCGCCAGGAAUUUCAGAUAAUGAAUAA